AUCGUCACUUCCGGCGCCCUUGCCGGUCCACUGCUAGUGUUUGGAGAUGGCGGACAGCACGGUUACAGUGACAGUUGCUCAUGGAAGCUCCAAACACAGCAUCACACUAACAGGACAGGAUGGAAAUGAGCCUGCACUUAAAGACCUGUCUGAAGCUCUGUCACAAGCCACUGGGGUACCACAAGCUGCUCAGAAAAUAAUAUUUAAAGGGAAAUCCUUGAAGGAAAUGGAGGAAAGUCUGUCCAGCCUUGGAAUAAAGCAAGGAUGUAAACUUAUGAUGAUUGGGAAAAGGAAUAGUCCAGAGGAGGAGACCGAACUGAAAAAGCUGAAAGACAUCGAGAAGUCUGUGGAGCAAACGGCCAAGAAGUUGGAGAAAGUGAGCGGUGAACUGACCGGACUGAAAAAUGGCUUUUUAGCGAAGGAUCUACAGGCUGAAGCUCUUAAUAAACUGGACCACCGUGUAAAAGUGGCUUCUGAGCAGUUCAUGAAGAUCCUUGAGGAGAUUGAUGCCAUAACUUUGCCUGAGAACUUUAGUGACUGCAGGAUGAAGAAAAAAGGACUUAUAAAAACUGUACAGGGGUUCCUUGCUCAGUGCGACAAGAUUGAAGCCAGCAUAUCAGAUCAUCUGGCAAAGAUCCAGAACAAAAAUUUAGCCCUGUCCGAGUAGCGGGAAGUCAACAGCAGCGAUUACAUUAAUAUUUGCUCUGUGAGCGACUGAGGAACAAUCACACUGAGCUUCAGUACUGGAGCAAGUUCAACAGUUUAUUUAUGUAUUCGUCCUUUAAAGGGCAGCUUAAAACCUGUCGCAGUGAUCCGGAGGUUAAAAGGUAAAAUGGUGGAAAUACUCGCAGCAGCCUCAUGCCGAAUUUCAAAUCGGUCUUAUGUUUCAUAUUGUUUCUUUAAGAUCUGUGGGUAAGGACGUGUACACUGCACAGGUACUGUGUCUCUAAGUACUUUGUAACCAUUUUAACGACAAGGUCUUUCAAAUAUUUUGUGUACAUAGGAAUUAGGUAUUUAAUUGGGUCGAAAGCGUGGUACAACAUACGGUGCUUUGAAGUCUCCUAAAGUCCUCAGCAGUGUUUUGGUUGGCUCGGAGCUGGAAACCAAAUGAAAUUGUCUUUUAGAAUCAAAUAUGGAAUUAUGUUUCGUGAUCCAAAAUUCUCUAUACCCAAGAAAACAUAGCACAACAAUUACAGUUGAUCCCCUGCUCAGGAGCCAUUAUUGUACCCGGUCCUGAGCAGAGGAUGAACCUUGUUGCCGUUUUAUUAUGCUAAUAAAUAUGUGUAUGCAGCUUGUACUGUGAUCCAUCAGCUAAUGUACUAAAAUUAUGUAACAUCAGGUAGUAGUUAUGCCAAAUCACAUCAUCAUGUAUUUGUGUGAGUUAUUUUGCUGUGGGCAAUAAAAUAUCGUUUGUUCUUUUA